AAGCUGAUCUCAGUUCCAGUUUGAAUCUCGAGGAAGUCUGUUGUACGUGUCAAAAAAAGUCCCGCGACAAACGGUUGUACGUCAGAAUGAAACUAGUCUUUGGAAUAUUGAUCGUUAGCUGCGCGAUCAGCGUCAGUCUCGCGGCACAAGCCAUUCUCCUGAAUGCCACCCACCCAGAUCAUCCCGGAAAGUGUUACGAUGAGGGCUCCAAACUUGUGCUAUCGCCUCAGGAAACGAAAAAAAUCCCAGGAGAAUGUACCGAAAUCUCGUGUUCUGAUAAACUUUCGCUGACCUACACAAGUUGCGGUGCCUCAGUCGUUGACGAUGAACGUUGCGUUGAAAUCGAACAGGAUUACACCAAAGACUACCCGAAGUGUUGUUUGAAAUACAAGUGUGAAGUCGAUGGUAAAAUAAGUUAUCAUUAAAAAAUUGGCUCGUGAUAUAGCUCAGUUGGCAAGUCAGUUGUCUCCUAAGCCGAUGAAAUACUUGGCAUGAGUUCGAGCCUAAGAGUAAACAUAUAGAACACAGUUGUACCGGAUAAGUUUAUAAUUUAAAAAAAAACUUAAAAAAAGAGACUCAAUAAACUUGUUUUGUUUUACCAAA